CUCACACACACUAAAACACACACAAACACACACACUUUCUAAAAAAAAGCUUCAAAAAUGCAACAAGCAAUUCCAUACAAAACAUACACCCUACCAUCAACCCACCACAACACAACCAACCCACAACCACCAACACAACUCAACAGAUCAUCAAAAAACGCCGUCAGAGACGCCGUGACGGAAAACGCCGUCAUCGUGUUGGCCCGUCACGGAUGCUGCAUGAGUCACGUGGUGAAACGGCUGCUUAACGGUCAUGGAGUCAACCCUAGCGUCUUUGAGUUUGAAGAAGAUGAGGAGAAUGAUGUUGUGAAGGAAAUUGAGAUGAUUGGGGAUGAAAAUGGACGGAAUAUGCAGUUUCCGGCGGUGUUUAUCGGUGGACGGAUGUUCGGUGGAUUGGAUCAGGUGAUGACGAUGCAUAUUUCCGGUGAGUUGAUUCCGGUGCUUAAACAGGCCGGUGCCUUAUGGUUAUGAUUAUGAAUUUGAAUUUUUGUUCUAGUAUUGGUAGAUAGAUUUUGUUAAUUUAUUUUGUAUCUAAUAUAUAUUAUUUUUAUGUAAGAAAUAAUGUAUUACUAAUUUCUAGUUGAA